AUGGCUCCGGUCGAUAAAUGUCUGGCCUCGAUGGCCAGACUGAGCCUUUUACAUGCCUCACGGCCGACAACAUCAAUGGCCCCUGGCUACCUAACCCCAGCCGCUCUGGUACAAACACGCCAUGCUUCCGUCGUCCGCAUCAAAAAGGGUCCCGCCAAGAAAAAGGCUAUACCAAAGGAUUUUCGACGUCACAACCUCGACAAGAGAGAAUUCCCAAGAUUCUCGCUUGUUGAGGCCAUGAGAAUCCUCCGCGCAUACGAAGUCGGCCAGCCUCCCGCGUCCAUCAAAUACGAUCUUGCCAUCAACUUAAAAACUGCCCGAAACGGCCCCGUCGUCAAGAGCAGCCUGCGUCUACCGCACCCCGUCGGCACCGACCUGCGCAUCGCCGUCGUCUGCAAGGAGGGCAGCGCGGUGGCCGCUGCCGCGUCCGCCGCGGGAGCCGUCGCUGUGGGCGAGGAGUCGCUAUUUGAGGAGAUUCGCAAGGAGAAUAUCAACUUUGACCGCCUCCUGUGCCACGAGGGCAGCGAGCAGGUGCUGCAAAAAGCCGGCCUGGGUCGCAUACUGGGCCCCAAGGGCCUGAUGCCCUCGGCGCGCAUGAGGACUAUAGUCAGCGACGUGGCCAAGUCAAUCCGUGACGCCGCCGGCUCGGCCGACUACCGUGAGCGCCAGGGUGUCGUUCGCAUGGCCAUUGGCCAGCUCGGCCAUACACCUGAGCAGCUCAAGGCCAAUAUCACGGCCGUCAUGACCAAGAUCAAGGCCGAGUGCGCCCAAAUCUCGGAAGAGUCGCACAAGGAGGUGCACGAUGUCAUUCUUAGCACGACAAAUGGGCCUGCUGUCAGCUUGAGCGGCAAGCUGGUAGAGGAGGGCGAAACGGUUACAGCUGAACAAUUAUCGGGCGCCAUGUAA